AUGAUACUAAGUUCUUCAAUGCUGACAUCUUUUGUUUAUCACUCGUAGCGUAUAGAAAUGCUAUUUUUGAAUGUUUUUAAGGUGAUUUAGUUCUGAUAUGCAUAAGAGGUGGAUGUAUAUAUGUGCGUAUUGUGUUGCUUUUCUUUUUUGUUUUUUUUUGGUCAACUUAAAUUUCUAAUUUUUGUUAUAUAUUGUAUAAUUGUUUUGUGGUGGCAUUUACGUUGUAGAUGUCUAUGGGCUCCGGUAACCACUUUACACCAGAUGGGCCGUGAGCUCGUCCAUUCAUCUAAGCAAUAAAAAAUAAAUAAAUAAAAAUACUAAAAUGAGGUCACAUCUUACAGUGCCCACAGUACAUAUCGGAACAUAACUUAAAUAAUAAUAUAUGAGUUGACCAUAGAGUUACUUAGGUACUUAUUAACUCCAUGGAGUUGACAUUGGCGGCCAUAGAUAAUACACAAAAUAUUGGCGGGCCGUGGGAGCCACGCGACGCACGCGAUAUUACGCCCCAUGGAUUAUGCUAAAAAUAGUCUAGUUUAACUUAUUCCUUGCUAACAGUCGCGUGGACGACGUUGCACUGGCCACAGCUGGACAAAUAGAAAAUAAAGUAACGUUAUAAACAGUUAAAUCACCAUCUUUAAUUUUUCUUUUCCCGCGUUUUAGGGAAUGUUUUUUUUUUUUUUUAAUAAUUCUUAGUUAAAGUUGUGUUUUUUUUCUCUUUAUUUCGAAAAUGGAAAAGAAGUUCGGUUUUAGAAUAUCAGUGUUGGUAUUUUUGAUAUUAUUUGUAAAUCAGGACAGUGCAAAGAUAACGGACAAUAAAACCUUUGAUAGUUCCGCUGAAGUCAAAUCUCCGAGGAAGAUGACCGACGGUGCGGCAUUAUUAUUCGCGGACGAACUCAAACAAACACUCGAGAAGUAUCUAUUUGGGAUAUGUCCACAGACUUACAAGAUGUCCGCCGCCAAGGGCAAGAAUGCAACGAUGCCCGCCUGCGACCUGGACGAUGAGCAGCAAGACCUGGCUGGAAGAUUCGCUACGCUGGCUCUCCGCGCUCACACAGCUUCUAGGACAGACUGCUCGAGGCUUGCCACGUCCCUGGUGAAUGUCCUCGGUGAUUUAGCGCGCACGGCAUCAAGCAGACAAGUCCUGGCAGCCGCGGCCAACGAAGCCAACAAGAAACGAAAGCUCUCCAAAAGUCAAAAGCUGAAGAUACAAGCGAAGCAGCGGACCGCCCUCGCCGUCAAGAAGAAGGCAGCUGCAGUCGCCGCCGCAGCAGCCGCCAAAAUGACGACUUCUUAAAACAGAACCUUCAUUUUAACGGAGGGCGCGUUUUGUGUACAAUGACGUCAUAGUGCAAGAGUGCGAUGCAAACUCACGAACACCGUUGCGUGAAAGGGACGGAGCGUCUCUCUCGCAUCUCGGCUAUGCAAUAACAAAUAUAGCCUUUAUUUAUAAUGCCUUAAGUAACUUAUUCUACAAAGUACCUACUAAAAAUUAAAUCGCUAAUAAACAUAUUAAUUAAUUAUAAGAUAUACGACAUCGUUUGUAAAUAAUUAUAAGAUACUAACCAUUACUGUUACGUUAAGUUAAAUUUUUGAAUAAAAUAAAUGAAAUAUA